AUGUCUGCAGUUUUCCCAAAUGCCACAUUGGCAGCUAGUUUGGCCCACAGCGGGUCCUAUCUCAACACCCUCCACAACGUCCAGGCCAGCCAACCGGAACUGGGACUCAUGGCACAGAUCUGGGCGUCCUGGUACGUUUACAUGAAUAACGAUAUCCUGGCCACCGGGUUGAUGUUUUUCGUGCUGCACGAAUUCAUGUAUUUCUUCAGAUGUCUGCCCUGGGCUAUCAUCGACCAAAUCCCAUUUUUCCGUCGCUACAAGAUCCAGCCCACCAAGAUUCCAAGUGCCAAGGAACAAUGGCACUGUCUAAAAUCGGUUCUACUAUCCCAUUUCCUCGUAGAGGCUAUCCCCAUCUGGACUUUCCAUCCAAUGUGUCAGAAAUUGGGCAUUUCCGUGUCCGUGCCUUUCCCAUCUUUGAAGACCAUGGCUUUCCAAAUCGGUCUCUUUUUCAUCCUAGAGGACACCUGGCAUUACUGGGCUCACCGUCUGUUCCACUACGGUGUUUUCUACAAAUACAUCCACAAACAGCACCAUCGUUACGCAGCUCCCUUUGGUUUGACUGCUGAAUAUGCACACCCGGUCGAAACUCUAUCGCUCGGUUUCGGUACCGUCGGAAUGCCUAUCCUAUAUGUGAUGUACACCGGCAACCUACAUUUGUUCACUCUUUGUGUUUGGAUUACCUUGAGACUUUUCCAGGCCGUUGACUCGCACUCUGGUUACGACUUCCCAUGGUCCCUCAACAAGUUCCUCCCACUAUGGGCGGGCGCAGCUCACCACGAUCUACAUCACCAUUACUUCAUUGGCAACUACGCCUCUUCAUUCACCUGGUGGGACUUCACUUUGGACACUGAAGCCGGUCCUGAAGCGAAAGCUGAAAGAGAAGAAAGAAUGAAAAAAAGAGCUGAGCUUAGAGCCAAAAAGGCUGCUUAA